GCCGAGCGGAAGGCGGAAUCGGCCGCGGCUGCCGCUCGGAGCCUGGCGGCCCGUCGCCGGUCGCUGCUGGGCUGGCUCUCCGCUUGGGCCUCCUCGGGGCCGCUCGCCAUGGCGUCGGCGGGGCCGCGGAAGUCCCCGGGCGAAGGCGUCAAAUUGUCAGCAGACGUCAAACCAUUUGUCCCUAAAUUUGUGGGGCUGGGUGUGUCAUGGCGGGAGUCUUCAGAAGCUCCAGUGUUCCCUAGUGGUGCUGCCACCUACUACCCGUGUGUUCAGGAACUACCGGUGCCAGGACAGAAAGUUUAUGCAGAAGAGGUGACAUUUGAAGCUUCAACUUUGCCACCUCAGUAUUUGUCUUCUGAGAUUGCACUUCAUCCCUACGCCCUUGAAUCUGCACAAAAUGCCCCAGUGCCCCACUCGCAGUAUGACUACAGCCAGCCUAGUUGUUACCGAGGUUUCCAAACGGUGAAGCCACACCAUGACCACCGUUGUCUGCCUUCACAAGACUCCAAAGUCUUGUUUAAGAAGAAAACGUAUGAUGAACAAAAGUUUGACAGUAAGAAGGUUGAUGGGACUGUGUCAUCUGAUGUAAAAUCAGCGAAGGGCUCCCAGCCCGUGUCCAUGCAUGCUGAGAGUAGUCUGAAAUCAGAUGGAUAUCACAGAAGAACAGACCGGAAGUCCAGAGUCGUUGAGAACAAUGGGCCUGCCUCCAAAUCCGAGUUUGAAUUUACCAGGUUGGAUUUUCCUGAGCUGCCAGGUCCUGAGAACAGUGAGCGAUCAGAGGUUCCAAGGCAACCCCGGUGGGGGCCUGCGCAUGUUGCCUCUCCCCCAAGAGAAGUGGGGAAGCCUGCCUCUGUAGCACCAGAGUCUAAAACAGCACGAGGAGGAAUUCCUGAGCAAAAUGAAGCCUCAAGAAAAAAUAAGAAAAAGAAAGAAAAAUUGAAAAUGGAUUAUGAUAUCCCGACAGUUCAAGAGCCACCAAGGAUUGAGGAUUCUGAAGAAUUCCCCAACCUGGCAGUUGCAUCUGAAAGGAGAGACAGAGCAGAAUCUCGGAAAUUUCUGUCUAGACAGCAGCCACAGAAUAGUUUUAGAAGUAGCACAAAGAAGAGUCAAGUUCCGGUGCAGCUGGAUCUGGGGGGGAUGCUGGCAGCACUGGAGAAGAAGCAGCAUUCGCAGAGCGCAAAGCAGUCAUCCAAACCUGUGGUCUUCUCAGUCGGUGCUGUGCCAGUCCUCUCCAAAGAGGCCACCUCAGGCAAGAAGGGUCACCGUGCCAACCAGUCGAAGACCCCACACAAUCCCCUGGACUCCAGUGCCCCCCUGGUGAAGAAGGGGAAGCAGAGGGAGGUCCCCAAGGCCAAGAAGCCCACCUCACUAAAGAAGAUCAUUUUGAAGGAACGUCAGGAGAGAAUGCAGCAGCGUCUCCAGGAAAAUACAGGGAGCCCAGCAAUCAGCAGUGACAAGGUGUUUGAGGCUGAGAGUAGGAGCACCGACUCCCAGCCUGACGUCACAGGGGAGGUGGAAUCAUCUGUGGAGAGCAAGUCUGAGGAGCAGCUAGGAGAGACUCUUCCGGAACCUGAACCUUCACCAGUCCCUGAUACCACCUGCCACCCCAAGAUUCACAGCCGGAGAUUUAGGGACUACUGUAGCCAGAUGCUGAGUAAAGAAGUGGACGCCUGUGUGACUGAGCUGCUGAAAGAGCUGGUCCGUUUCCAAGACCGCAUGUACCAGAAAGAUCCAGUCAAGGCUAAGACUAAGCGCCGACUGGUCUUGGGGUUGAGGGAAGUCCUGAAACACCUGAAGCUCCGAAAGUUGAAGUGUGUCAUCAUCUCUCCGAACUGUGAGAAGAUACAAUCCAAAGGUGGGCUGGAUGACACACUACACACCAUCAUCGACUGCGCCUGUGAGCAGAGCAUCCCCUUCGUGUUUGCCCUCAACCGCAAGGACCUGGGGCGCAGCCUUAACAAAGCCGUCCCCGUCAGCGUGGUGGGCAUCUUCAGCUAUGACGGGGCACAGGACCAGUUCCACAGGAUGGUGGAGCUGACGAUGGCAGCACGGCAGGAGUAUCAGGCCCUGCUGGACAACGUGCACCAGGAGCUGCCCGCACCCCCAGCCCCUCUGAGCCCACCCACACCAGCCCCCACUGGGACCGAAGAGCCACACUACAUGGAGAUCUGGAGGAAACAUCUGGAAACCUAUAAGCAGUGUGCCCUGGAACUGGAAGACCCGCUAGAGGCCUCAGCCUCUCAGAUGAUGAAGCUGAGCUUAUAAGAAUCUUUUCCUGUGUUAGUGUGUUUGGGGUAAGGAAGGGGGAUGGGGGCCUUUUCCUUCUCUGCCCUGCACUGACCUAAAGACUUCAGGACUGUUAGGCUGGAAGUGUGGCCUUGCAGGAAGCCAUACAGCUGCUGUGGGAAUUGAUCUAGGGUUACUGGGUAAAAGGGAUGCUGGAGCAGGCAGAUAUCAAGGAAACCUUUCUAUUGCCAAAUAGCUAGGCCAGGUUCAUUUGCAGAAAGCCCCAGGGGGUGGGGGGAAGGCACAGCGACGCGGGCCCCUCGCGUUGUGGCCUCUCACUAGAAGGUAUGAGCUGCUGAGAAGUACAAGGAGCCUCAUAGCAACAUGGGAUCUUGAAGCUGUGAUCAUUACACAUGGAUGAUUCCUAUUAGUCCUUAUUUUUCCAAGAAACAGUGUAUAUUGAUGUUUCUAAUGUUGUUUUGGUAAUUUGUAAAUCUUUCCCUCUUUUGCUAAAUGUGCUCUGAAAGAUUUCUUUUUUAGAGCCCAGGACAGACGAUCACUUUCCAUAUUUUUCUGUAAGAAGGGGGCUUAUUUAUUUUGAAUAAAGAAUGAUGAUUUAAUUUCA